AUGGAAAACGAGUACAUUUCAAUUUCGCACCCGCCGUCUGGUCCGACGACUCGAGUUAACAAACCAACGGCUGGACUGCGAAAUCAACCAACCAGAAAUUUUGAAAGAAAGUCAAAUUUUGGAUCUGCGUAUUUGACACAUCAUGUAACGCGUGGACAAUAUUAUGGUUGGAUAAGAUCUAAAGGUUCAGUGGUUGUUAUCAACUUGCAUUAUGGACCUAUCGCUUAUCCGAAAUUAGUGAUCUUGUACCUAUGUCAUCGCUUACGCGGCCUGAACUCGUUGCUGAAACUCGAAAAACAUUCAAAAUCCAAAG